GUGACUGACCAUGACAAGGAACUACAUCGAGUGACCACUGACAUCAUCAAAGCAGACUGCCAAAAACCCAGGCGCAGGAGCCAGCUUCCCCCCUUGCCCUCCCGGGGGCCCGGCCGAAGAUGCUGGCCUACAGCGUGCUGGACGUGCAUGUGGUGGACGUGGAGAAGAGGAGGAACCCCUCCAAGCACUACGUGUACAUCAUAAAUGUCGUGUGGUCUGACUCGACUUCCCAGAUCAUCUACCGAAGAUACAGCAAAUUCUUUGACCUGCAGAUGCAGCUGCUGGACAAGUUCCCCAUCGAAGGAGGGCAGAAGGACCCUAAACAGAGAAUCAUCCCCUUUCUACCAGGUAAAAUCCUGUUCCGGAGGAGUCAUGUUCGAGACGUGGCUGUGAAAAGACUGAAGCCCAUUGAUGAGUAUUGCAGGGCACUGGUCAGGCUCCCUCCUCACAUUUCACAGUGCGAUGAAGUUUUUCGGUUCUUUGAGACUCGACCAGAGGACCUGAACCCUCCAAAAGAGGAAUAUGGAUCCUCCAAAAGGAAAUCAGUUUGGAUGUCCAGUUUGUCUGAGACUCCAAAAAAGGAUGUUGCAGGUGCUGACGCUAGCUCCGAGCCCAUGAUCUUGGAGCAGUAUGUGGUGGUGUCCACCUACGAGAAACAAGAGAACUCCGAGAUCAGCCUGCAAGCCGGGGAGGUCGUGGAUGUCAUCGAGAAAAACGAGAGCGGUUGGUGGUUUGUGAGCACAGCGGAAGAGCAGGGCUGGGUCCCUGCCACGUACCUGGAAUCCCAAAAUGGAACGAGAGACGACUCUGACAUAAACACAUCCAAAGCUGGGGAAGUUUCUAAACGACGCAAGGCUCACCUGCGGCGCCUGGACCGGCGAUGGACGCUGGGCGGGAUAGUCAACAGGCAGCAGAGUCGAGAAGAGAAAUAUGUCACAGUCCAGCCAUACACCAGCCAAGGCAAGGAUGAGAUUGGGUUCGAAAAAGGGGUCACCGUGGAGGUCAUCCAAAAGAACCUGGAAGGAUGGUGGUACAUAAGGCAUUUAGGCAAAGAGGGCUGGGCCCCAGCCUCCUACCUGAAGAAAGCCAAAGAUGAUCUUCCAUCCAGGAAAAAGAACUUAACUGGGCCAGUGGAAAUCAUAGGCAACAUCAUGGAGAUCAGUAACCUGCUGAACAAAAAGCCCUCCAGCGAUAAGGAAACCCAAGCGGAAAAUGAAACGGCAGAGUCCCACAUUACCAAGAAAGAAAUCAGCUUGCCCAUCCUCUGCAACGAUUCGAACGGCAACGCCAUGAUGACCGCGGACAAGCAGGCAUCGAAACUGGCUCAGGGAUCCCCCGCUGUAGCAAGGAUUGCACCGCAAAGAGCGCAAAUAAGCUCUCCAAAUCUAAGAACGAGGCCUCCCCCGCGCAGAGAAUCCAGUCUGGGUUUCCAGCUGCCUAAGCCACCAGAACCGCCCUCGGUAGAAGUGGAGUACUACACUAUUGCGGAGUUCCAGUCUUGUAUUUCGGAUGGGAUAAGCUUUCGAGGAGGGCAGAAAGCAGAGGUUAUUGAAAAGAACUCUGGUGGCUGGUGGUACGUACAGAUCGGAGAGAAAGAAGGAUGGGCACCUGCAUCUUAUAUCGAUAAAAGGAAGAAGCCCAAUUUAAACAGAAGAACUAGCACGCUGACCCGGCCCAAAGUUCCUCCCCCAGCACCGCCCAGUAAACCAAAAGACUUGGAAGAAGGAGCAGUUCCCGGGACCGUGUCUUCUGGAGAAGCCCAGGACUCCCUACAGAAGCCCAGAUAUGAGGAGCCCGAGUACGAUGUGCCUGCCUUCGGUUUCGACUCGGAGUCUGAAGUGAACGAGUGCCAGCGAGAAGACAGCGCCUUGGAAAAACGUGUGUUGCAGCCAUUCAGGCCUUCCCCUGUAUUGUCCCUCCAGAGGGCAAAGUUCAAAGUCGGUGAGUCUUCAGAGGACGUUGCCCACGAAGAAGAAACCAUCUAUGAAAACGAGGGGUUCAGACCUUACCUGGAGGACGCCUUAUCAAGUAAAGAGUCUAGCGGAGACUCGGAUUCCCUCAAAAGCUCCUCACUCUCCCUGAUCCGCAGGAACUCUCCGUGUUCUGGUUCUCCCAAAUCAUCACUCGUGAAGCUCAAGUCUGACAAAAACAUCCAGCCCGAUCUUGGAAAAUGUCACUAUUCCAGGAACGAGGAGACAAAACUCAGGUCAGCCUCCGAUGCUGGCUUGCGUAGCAUGCCCAAAGCAAGUGUCAAGAAGGAGCCUGGCCAGAGCCCCUCCAUCCGAGCAAAGCCGAUAGUUAGACCAAAGCCCUUCCUGAAUAAGGCAGAUUCUUCAAGCCAAGAAAAAAUGGACAUCAGCACUUUACGGCGUCAGCUGAGGCCAACUGGACAGCUUCGAGGUGGACUUAAAGGAUCUAGAAGCGAGGAGUCUGAAAGUCCUCCCCAUACAGCUUCCGAGAACCAAGAAGAGUCCUUCAGGAGAAGCUCAGCAGAUCUCAUCACAGCUCCUUCCCAUGGCAUUUUCUGUUCGAGCCACUCCAUCAAGACUGAGCAAGAGAACAACUCGAAGUGCUUUUACGUGACCACUGAUGCCUACCAAAAGGUGCAGGAGUCUGAAAUCUGCUUUCCAGCAGGAGUGGAAGUAGAAGUGCUGGAGAAGCAAGCCAGUGGGUGGUGGUACCUUAAAUAUGGAGACAUGGAAGGGUGGGCCCCUUCCCACUAUCUGGCUCUUGCUGAUAACCAGCAGCGAGAAACCUCAGCCACAGAGGCCGAUGCCAGGAACAGAAGGAACGAAAGCAAGUCGAACAGCUUGGAGAAGAUAGAGAAGAGAGUCCAGGCUUUGAAUACCAUCAACCAGAGCAAAAGAGCAACGCCUCCUAUUCCAAGUAAGCCUCCUGGCGGCUUCUCCAAAACAUCAGGGCCCGUCAAAAUGAGGAACGGAGUGAGACAACUGGCAGUGAGGCCACAGUCGGUGUUCGUCUCCCCACCACCGAAGGACAGUAACAUCUCAUGCUCCCUGCGCCGCAACGAAUCCCUAACGACUACAGACCACCUGAGGGUCGUCCGCCGGAACGCGUCUUUUAGCAGUACCCAUUUACAGCCCGGCGACUCCAAGGCCAAGCCAGCCGAUCGGUCCGUCACGGAGGAAUCGGAAACCACCUCCAACCUGUCGGGCCAGCGAAAUGGGAUCCCGGUGUCCACUGUCAGGCCAAAGCCCAUUGAAAAAUCUCAGUUCAUCCACAACAAUCUCAAGGAUAUCUAUGUUUCCAUUGCAGACUACGAGGGGGAUGAGGAGACUGCAGGGUUUCAGGAAGGCGUGUGCAUGGAGGUCCUAGAAAGGAACCCAAAUGGCUGGUGGUACUGUCAGAUCAUGGAUGGCGCGAAACCGUUUAAAGGCUGGGUGCCCUCAAACUAUUUGGAGAAAAAGAACUAAUGUUGUAAUAUCUUUAAAUUCCCUAAUUUAUACUGUUUCUGCUGUGUACACAUGGAGAAAAAAAAACAUUAUUGCUACACAAAAAGACAUUUCCCUGUGCUCUAGGUUUGUACAAAAGGACCGACCGGCCGAGCGAUGCCAAGGACAAGUCACUGUGUUCUGGAGAAGUUUGGGAGUUGACCUGCCGGAAGCAAUUCGGACACAUUUAUAGAGGAGGGGCAGCAUAGAUGAAUGCUUUUUUUGUGGAGUUGUUAAAUAAUCUUGUGUGUAACAGGGUAUGACAUCCCACCUUUUCCACUUUAAUAAUGGUAGGAAACCAAACGUGUGCCUUGUGUGGGGGAAAGGAACUGAUGUGUCUACUUGAGGAGUUCAGUGCCAAACAAGACAUUAGUGGCUCCCUCUCUCCUUAUUUUCUGUACAUGGACCAUCCAGGAGUCUUGAAUGCAUCUCCCCGACUUUGACUGGGGUAAGCAGAUGGGAAUUACAUUCGGAAAUUGAGGAGCCCCAACCCCGUCUAGAAACUCACUUUUCACUCAAGAGCUGAUUGUUCCAGAGUUGGAGCCUUUUCGUCGUGGAGGGAUUUGGUUUCUAACUUUGCAGAUGCGUUUUGUUGUUGCCGUAUUCCAGAAACAGCUUUCAUGAGAUCUUGGGUUUCGGGGGGUUUUUUGCUUCCUCUUUUGUUCUGGAUCUAGGCCCUGGAGAUGGGAUUCCAGAUGUUUUUAAGGCCAUUUGUGCCAACUGGAUGCUCACGAGCCCGCCUACUCGCCCUUUGUGCAUCGUGGUUAUUUUGGAGGUCCUUCUUUUCGUUCAGUGUGGUGAUCCCUGCCCGGAGGUCCACAUUGGCUCUCUUUCCAGAGUUGGGUUUCUACAAACUGGCAUCAUCGUGAACUACAACAAAAUGUCUCUGAGACCUUGAACGUGAAAACUCAAUCUGAUGCAUUACUUCGCUCUUAGACCCAAAGCGGAGCAUGGUGACUGUUGGCAGGGCCCACAAAGGUAGACGUUAGAAACAGCCGUAACCUUUUGCAACAUCAGUGUUUACAAAGAGAAGAAAAAGCCAUUGAUUUCAGUCUGCACAAUCUUUAAUUUGUAUAUUUUGGGGGAAUUGUUGGUGUGUGUGUGUUGUCUUUUCUGUGCAGUCUGUGUGGUGUGGGGUUGGGGUUUUUUUGGUUUUGUUUUUUUGAGGUGUGGGGUAUUUUUUGAUGUUCAUUUUAGAGGUCGGGUUGGGUUUUUUUCUGUUUUUUGUUUAAUUGGUUUACCAGAAAAAGACUUUUUCUGCUUAACUGAAAAUUAAAGCAGGAGUCAGUUCUGCCUUUCGGUUCCCACUUGAAUCCAAAAAGUACAUUUGGACUGGAGAAAGCGACGGGGAUUUUCAGGCUCAAAAAUAGAUUUAAUAAGAAAGCAGUUAGGCCUCAAAUGUGGCUAACCAAAAAGCUGCCUCUUUUUCUUCCAUUCUCUUUCAUGUUAUAAAUAACUUUAAUGCUUGAAAACAUGACACAGUGUGGUGGAGGAAUGAAGAGAUGCAUCCUUCGGAAGAGGCUUGGAUGGUAGAGUUGUCCUUGAGGUAGCCAACUCUAGUGCCACACACUUCAGCCCCUAACUCUAUCCUGUACUUGAGAAACUCCUGCUUCUGACUUUUUUUUUUUUUUUUAAUGGGCUUAUUAACCAUUUAAUAGAAGACCAGUGUCUGGCUUCAUUAAAUAAUGGGCCACGUUUUGUGUCCUGUUUAUGGGGGUGGGAAGGCAAUGAUUUCACUACUGGUGUUACACAAAAUGAUGUGCGGCCUUUUUAUUUUCCAGCGAAACUUUAUUCCAAUUCUCACUUGGGAUUUGAAGAUAAAGGCUAUCAAGAGCGUAAUUAGCUGGAAACCAGGGCUGUCAUAAAAUAGCACGAUGGUAUUGUGUUAUGGGGGAGGGGGGUCGUUACUCUGCCAAAAAAAAAAGAAUAUACAAUUUAUACGUGGUUCUCGUCUUUUAUUCUUUUUGUGGUGUGGGAUUGGGAAUAGCUACUGCCGCAGACAUGGCGGAUACCCCUUUGUUCACUGAAAAAGGUGCCGUCAAGGGUUGUGAACAGAGCUCUGUCGUCAUCCUGUAUCAUUUUGGUGGGGGAGGGCGCUGGGUUGGGAUGCGAUAGAAGUUGCGGUGAUGGGCAGGAAAAGCAUUGCUGCACGACAGCCCAUAUUGAAAGGUACAGAGUCCUGGACCUUUGUCUUAUAUAUAAUGUAUGUAUGUAUAUAUCCAGUUAACCACAUCUUACUGGAUGUCUGUCGGAGGCUUCGCAGCCCUCUCUCUCAUGCUUCUUCCCAUUUUUUUUUAGUUGUACUAAUAUAGUAGCAGCCAUUAAAGACUGCGGGAGCUCUUGUGAGAUUAUAAUAGAAGUAUUAUAUUCUUCUGCUGGACAGUAUUAAAUAGAGCAAUACAUAGAGUUAUCUGCUAGAUUGCAGUACUAAUAGUAGCGACUUAGUGACUUGUAUUAAUAUUAUGAUUUAUUUUAACAAUAAUGAUGCGGAAGUGGUUCAUUAUUUUGAAUUAAUGCACUUUACCAAUAAAAGAAACAGAAAUGGAAGCCAACGCAGAGAACUAAGUGCAUUAUUUAAAGGUGCAGUAUAUAAUUGUCACUUAAAAAAAACAACCGUACACAUGUAUUUAUUUAAAUUAAUUUAUAAUUAUUUAAAAUAUGCAAAAAAAAAUUGUUUAAAAACACUUCCACGCUGUCAUGUCCUAGAGAAGCACAAAGCACAGCUCCCAAAGCUUCUGCACUGAGCCACUCGCCCCUCAAAGUACGGCACAGCAUGCCUUCAGUCUCCCGCAAGGGAAGGUGACGAUGUUUCUGGUUGCAAGGCAUGGCCCAUUGAGCGUUCGCAUGGCACCCAUCAAGCCAACGGCCACAGACCGAAAGGGUCUCAGGGGUUGGGUGGCGCCCUCCCUUCUAGUUGGGCAUCACGUUUUUAAGCAUUUCAUCAUCUUCACGAGACUGGGCCCAAAGGUUUGGGUGCCAUGCUGAUUUCACAAAACCCUGGGAAUUAAACCUGUAGUUCAUGUUGCAAUUAAUUGUCCUGUCCUGUUCCUCCCCAUUGACCAGUACCCUAAAUAUUCCCUGCUGCACCUGCUAUCAGUGGCUUUAUCUUAAUUAGUUACCAGUGGUGCAGCUCAUUAAGCUAAGCUGUUAGGAUGCCCUGGUCCCAAUAUAUCCAUCUGUUCAAACUCAUUACAAGAUUUUUCUGCAGUAUCAGCACCACUUGUGAGCAACUCGAUUGCUCCUGUAGCCCUUCCUUCGCAUUUUAAUGGAGGCUUGGCAGAGGAAGCAGUGUUGUUGGGUACCAAACUUUGUCUAGGGCUAUCAUAAAUCAUAGGGUUGGGAGGGAGCCGAGGAGGUCACAUCCAGUCCAUCCCCCUGCUCCAAGCAGGACCAGCCCCAACUGCAUCAUCCCAGCCAAGGCUUUGUCUAGCCAGGUCUUCAAAACCUCCAAGGAUGGAGAUGCCACCACCUCUCGAGGUGGCCUGUACCAGUGUUUUACUAUCCUCCUAGUAAGAAAGUGUUUCCUAAUAUCUAACCUAAAUGAUCCUUUCACACAUGUGCUCAACAAGGUAGCGAUGCGCAUCAGCGUCUAGAAAUCAGCCUGAGCCAGUGUCCAUCCAGGUGCCUCAGUAACGUUUGAGAUGCAGCGUGCGCUUGAAUGUGCCGGUGCCUUGCGAUUAUGCUGAGGGGUCGAUUCAAAAAGGGAAAAUAAUAAUAAUUGCUGCUUCUGUUCUCGACCCUCUCUCUCGGAUGUUGAUCACUAGAACGGAAACGUUUCUAGGUUGCUAGUGGACAGAGCUUUGAGCGCAGCCGGUUUCACUGUUGCCUCCAAAUAGCCAGCCACCUUCCUCUAUUGAGCGUGAAGACCUUUCACAAAGCAAUAGAGGAGAGACCAUUUUCAACGAAAAGAAAAGAAAGAUUGUAAAGGCUAGAAUUGGCAGGUGAUUUGGGGGAAGAUAGCAUUUUAGCUCAUUUUAUACAAAAUUUAAAGAGAGUUAAUGUCCCUCUUAAGGUUUUUGGGUUGCUUUUUUUUUUUCCUCCCAAAACUGACACUGUGACCAAGAACAAUAUUUAAAUGUAACAUGCACCUCACUUUUUUUCUAACAUGCUACCAAAAUCAAUAGUACUGUUAUGAAUAAAAGAAAAACUUUUAUUUUUAAAGUAAAUUAAAAGAAACAAUGGCGAGCUACUGAAGAAACGUUCUGUGAAAUCAAAGGGUGUCCUCUAGUGGAAGAAGAAGCUGGUGCUGCUGCUCUUUUCGGCUAAUAGAUGGCUUUGAUCAGCCAGCUGUGCUUUCCAAGGGUAAAACCUUGGAGCUGAAACCGCCAAAAUCCCAAGUACAGUUCAAUCCUAUCAAAUUUGGAAAUGUGAAAUGAUUUGGGCUUUGCUGUAUACUGCAACUUUAAUAAUAAUGAGCACUUCUGAGUUCGUUAUUGAGGUUUAUAUAAUGCCUGAAAACUUCAAUUCCCAUUUUUCCCUUUUGUCCUCCAAAAAAACCUCCUUUUUUUCCCCUUAGAAUAAAUGAUGAUGAAAAAAGUAACUCUUAAGCUUUUCUUACACGAAGGCAAUUUGUAUUAAUUGGCUAGAUCUUCAUGGCUGUGUCUCAUUGCAAUGCACCUGGCAGCACCAAGCUCCAUGCAAAUGGUUUGCAGCCUACACUGCCGAUGCCUGACUCGUACGCACUGACUGUAAGUCCAUUUGUUUUAAAAGUGUGCCAUAAUUAUUCUGUAUUUCCUGUCAUUCAAAUUAAGGGCCUAAAUUGCUACAACUUAAACCAGUCUAAGUGGAAUUGCUCCAAUUCCUUGCUGGUAUGACUAAAACCAGAAAUUGAUUGUCAGCCUAACCCAAGAGAUUCUUUCCAUAGCAGUACUGUAAAUCUUGACGAAGGCAUUAUAUAAUUGUUUUUUUAAUCACUUUCAGAUCUUAGUGCAGCAUAUUUUAUUGUAAUAUAUAUCCAUUGCUUUCCUCAUUUAAAAAAAAAAAGUUACUGCUUUUUUAUCACUUAUGAGAAACAAGGGAAAUUGAUAAAGCAUUCAUUAUUUUCAUAUUACUAGUAUUAACAGAGUAGAACUAGUACUAUUUAAUUUUAGAUCUCUGUAGGUAGCUUGUUAAGAAUUCAUAAUUUCCUGUGUUGUACCUUACUAAGUUUUUGUUAGUCUUUUUUUCCAAAUACUCUGCAUUCUCAAGAAAAAAAAAAAAUCCAAUGAGUGGAUAAGUGCAAUAUUCAUAGAAUAAACAGGCCCCUCAUUCAGGACGUGGAAUGGAGCACACAGUGUGAAGUAGCUGUAAUUUCUAUAGUCAUGCACUCUUAGAAAAGGGAAGGGGUUUAGUUGUGAGGAAACGGGAUUUGUGAGUAUAGGUGGUCUGUCUGUCUGUCUGUCUGUCUGUCUGUGCCAGACAUUCCCUGUAUUAGCAAACGGGCAAGGUUUAUACGUGCACUUUGCAAGAAUCACAAUGGAAUAUGCAGGAGCAUUUUUAAGCACAUGCGAUUCUUGAAUGACCCCUUUUAAACACAUUACCAGUCUCUCUCCUGUGCCUAAUUCUUCCUCUUUCUCUGGGAUAUGACUUUUUUUCAGCAAAUUUCCCCUUGUUAAAAACUGGAAGCGUGAUGGAAAUUUAGAAGGGGGGGAAUCCCUGAUGCCAACCCUAAUUUCAGUACCGUCCAGUCCUCUCUGUUUAUAAAAACCAAAUUACAAAAAAAAAAAAAAAAAAAGAGCAAAAAGCCCAUGUUUCAUUUUUGGCUUCCAAAGAGAUCUCUUCUCACGCACAAGAUUGCAUGUUGGGAUUGUUGCAUUUGAAACAUGGAAGGUUGCCAUUGGAUUCCAUGUUUCUGGCAUGCAGAAGACGAUCUUUGUCCAGAUUUGAUGUUUUGGUUUUGAAAUAUGGAUGCUCUUGGAUUUGACCUUUCCGAGAGAGACAGAGAAAUGUUAAGCCCCAGAGGCCGAUUUCCAGGUGGCGCACAAACUUGCUGUCCCCCAAAACAGCGCUGUCAUCUUCAAUGAAGCUGCAAAAUUGUAGAAUGUGAAAAAUUGGAUUUUGUGGCCCUCAAAUGUCAUUGAACAGAGUUUGUGCUGCCCCGGUUAAAUAUCUUUUGUACAAGUUUUCUCUGUUUUAUUUUUCCCCUCUACUAGUUGUUACUUAGUGUUUCAAACCUUAUGAAGAUGUGGGUGCUUUUGUAUUUUAAUAGCACAACUGAACUCAGCAGAUAUCUUUUACUUGUUCCAAAUUCCAGCACAUAUCCUCUUAUUUCAGGACAGGAACUAAUAUCCUUAACAAGCCAACCUCAUUUCAGUUCUUGGGAAGUGGACCUUUCACAUUGUGAAAGACCAUUAACUCCCUGGAGUUAAAUCUAGUUUUAAUUUGUAUAGAGAGUCAGCCCUGUAGAGCACAUAGCAGUGACCGAACUCUGCUGUUGGUUUGUGGGGGGAGAGCUUGAGUCUAGGCGUCUUCCCAUAAGUCUGCAAAGUGCAAAUGAAACCAACUCUAAAAGAGCACCUAGCAGGAGACGCCAUGAUUUCAUUUACUGCUGGGCUCGUUUCUAAUUAACAUUGAAAUACCAACUGGAGCACUGCUGCUAUUAGCCGACGUCUCACCCUGGAAAUUUGGGAAGCGGAGAACGGAUGGAAAGGUGCUGCCCAUAAGCCUAGCACUUCACAGGUACAGAUGGCACCAUCGGAAGGCCAGUUGUGGGUGGGCAAGUAAUGCUUUGCUUCAGGCAUAUUCGGUAGCGGCGCAGCGGCCCACCCGGCAAUGCCUGGAGAGUUUGUCUUCCCUUCAUGCUCCAGGGUAUGUGUUUGUGUGUCUCCAUUCAUCUGGAAAUCUCAGCGGUCAUUGUUCUUUGUAUUAUUUUAAUUGUAAUGUCCAAAUCAAGUACUGUAUGCUGGGCACAGUCCAGAGCCCUGUGCAGCUGAUGGGAGUCGCUCCGUUGACUUCCGUGGGCUUUGGACCAAGUCCGUAGGUCGCCGUGGCUCGGCCUCCUCAGCCUCGACUCGUAACCAAAUACAGAGGCUUCUGUAGAGCAGUUGUCCAUCAGGCUACAAGUUGGAUCCCUCUUUCUUUUUGGGGGGGCUUAUGUAAAUUUUGUGUGUGUGUGUGUGUGUGUGUGUGUGUGUGUGUGUGUGCAUGCGUGUGUUGGGAGGGGGAGAGGAGUCGUUUUCAUGGAUCUGCUUGUUCUAGGGGCCAAGUUCUGCCGUUCCUAUGGGAGGAAAAACUCCCAGUGAAACCAACCAACUGGUUUCCUGUAAGGAACGCAAGGCCAGGCCCCGCAAGGGCACAAGUAGGACAAAUUAGUCUCUUCUCUGGUAGGUUAGCAGGGUUGGGCUGGUCCCACACAGUGUGUCCUGAGGUCAUUCUUGCGUUCAGAUAGUUUAAUUGUAGCUGGAGAGUGCAAUUAGCAGCGAAAUAAAAUAAAUUUGGUUAAACCUUCA